AUGGCUGGCUAUCUUUCCAUCCUUCUAACCCUUUUUGCUAGCGUGGUAUCUGCCACUCCGAGCGGGGGCUCGUUGCAAGUAUGCAGUGCGCAAUUGGAUGGCAAGCUGCCGUCUUCUACUCCGUCGAACUUCCACUUUAGCGGCAAUGUGAGGAGGUACUACAUUGCUGCCGAGGAGGUUGAGUGGGAUUACGCGCCUACAGGAUGGGAUAAUUGGCUAGGUGUCCCUUUCAAUCUCUCCGCAAGAGCCCAGUACUCGGGAUACACGCAGUACGGUACCAAAUGGCUCAAAGCACUGUAUCGCGGAUACACCGACGCAUCAUUCAGCGAGAUCGCGCCCCAGCCUGAGUUCCAAGGCACUCAGGGACCCACUAUUCGUGCUGAAGUAGGAGAUUUGAUUGAGAUUCUAUUCGUUAAUAGAUUGAAGCAUCACUACGCGACUAUGCAUUCCAUGGGACUCGCAUACACGAAGCCGUACGAGGGCUCAGACUAUCCGAAUAACACUAUGCCUGGAGUCAAUGUCACGCUGCCAAUAGCAAACUACGGACCGCCGAUGCUGGGACCGGAAGAUUGCAUCGUGUACAAGUGGAUGGUGAACAAUCAGGCGGGACCGACUGGAGGGCUUCCAGCAAAAAUCCACUCAUACCACUCAUACGUCUCCCUCCAACAAGACGCUAAUGCAGGCCUCAUUGGCCCUACCAUUAUCUAUGCUAGCGGCAAAAUGAACGAAACAAUGGCGUCGUACCGCGAAUUCCCUAUUCUUUUCAACACCUACGAGGAGGACCAAUCUUUUCUUUCUAGCGCGAACAAAGCGCGGCUCCAGGAUGGCAACUCCUCUGCACAGUACACCAUGCCUCAGCUUCACACAACAGGCCUACCUAGCGGCAACGAGACGGUAUGGGAGCCGCAAUUGACAAAUUUUGAGAGCGGGGGACAAUUCAGUGGUGCGCCGACUUUCUUCACCAUCAACGGAUACGUUUUUGCGAAUACCCCGACGUUUGAAAUGUGUGUCGACGAUAACGUAAUCUGGGGGGCGUACGCCUACGGAUCGGCUAGCCAUGUUUUCCACUUGCAUGGCAAUGGCAUAGACUUCCAGAAGUACCACCAAUAUGCUGAAAGCAUAAACGACGGCGUAGGCAAAACUCUGUACUCGCAAGCCGUUGGCGAGGGCCAAUGGCAAGUCAUCUGCCAUGUACAAAGUCAUCUUACUAAAGGCAUGUUGGCAAAUUAUCGAGUUUACCCUAAGAACAACUGUCCUUUGAAGCCGCUUAUGCCACUGAAAUAG